AUGGGUCUCUCAAGCCUUCCUAGUCCGUCAGAAGGAAUGCUAUGUGUGAUAUUAGUUAACACAGCCUUAUCAGUCUCCAUCUUCAAAGGCAUUGUCUACUCAGUGCUUCACAUUAUAGGAAUCCAUUUAUCUCCAUCUUCAGCAGCAGCUGCAUCUUCAGAGAAUCAAACAUAG